GUUUGACAGUUGGGCCGCUACCGACACCGACUGCGCACUUAUACCGGUACAUAAAGCCGCGUCAUUCGCUAUCUUGGUUGAUACAUGUUUUGUAAUCUUAACGUUUCGGUACACUUUUGUUGCCGGUAAUUUUUGUUUUUAUUUGGGCGACUUUUAUAGAUUAAUAAAUAGUCAAUUAAACCAUGAUUUAAAAUGACGGACGUGCUGGAGAUAUAUGUGAAAAUCACAGAAGUGGAAUUAUUGUCUGCCACAAUUACCGUGUAAUAUUCAAAAUCGCCAUUGCCGCCUUUUAAAUCAAGGAUUACUUUUUAAGUGCUUGGCAUUCUCGAGGAAUAAAAACAAUCGCCGAUCAGAUGAAAAUCACGAUUUUAACUUUAUUGUUCGUGGUGGCCAACUUCACAGUAUACUGUUAUGAUUAUGACGAGGUGUUGCGGUUGUCACUCAUGUUUUACGAAGCACAGAGAUCGGGUCACCUGCCGCCCGACAACCGCAUAGCUUGGCGAAUAGACUCCGCUACUUCCGACAGAGGGCAAGCCGGCGAGGACUUGUCUGGCGGAUAUUACGAUGCUGGAGAUUACGUUAAGUUUGGUUUCACUAUGGCAAGUACUACAACAAUCUUAGCAUGGAGUUGCUUGUCUUAUAAAGACGCUUAUCACGAUGCCAACGAAUGGGAACAUGUAUUGAGCUCAAUUCGUUGGGCAGCAGAAUACUUCAUUAAAUGCCACGUUAGCGACUAUGAAUUUUACGGUCAAGUUGGUGACUUUAAUUUAGAUCAUAGUUUUUGGGGACGUCCCGAAGAUAUGAAUAUGUCCAGACCAGCAUAUAAAAUUGAUAAGGAUCAUCCAGGAUCCGAUCUGGCUGGUGAAACGUCAGCUGCUCUAUCCGCCGUCUCUAUGGUAUUUGUUCACAUUGAUCCAGACUUUUCAGCAGAAUGCCUAAAACAUGCUAGACAAUUAUACAAAUUUGGCACGCAGUACAGAGGUUUAUACAAUGAUGCCAUAAAAGGAGCAGCACAGUAUUACGAAUCGACAGAUUACGGUGAUGAAUUAACAUGGGCUGCGCUAUGGCUUUAUAAAGCUACUAAAGAAUCACAAUAUUUAGAAGAUGCUGAAUAUCUGUACGUAAAAUAUCGAUUAAAAGGUCGUCCAAAUGAGUUUUUCUACAAUAAAAAAGUUGCAGGUGUGCAGAUGUUAUUAGCCGAAUCAACAAAUCAACAGGAGUAUAUAGAAUCAGUUCAAAACUUCUGCGAUUUUAACAUUUAUAGCCAAAAGAAAACACCUAAAGGACUUUUAUACAUCGACAAGUCAGGAACUUUAUGUCACGCUGCUAAUAUAGCGUUUCUAUGUUUACAAGCCUCUAAUUAUGGUAUAGGUUCUUUAAAUUAUAUAGAAUUCGCAAAGCAACAAAUUCAUUAUAUGCUGGGACACAGUGGACGAAGUUAUGUCAUAGGGUUCGGUAAAGAUUAUCCAACUCAACCAUAUCAUGCAGCCAGUUCGUGUCCAGAUAGGCCAGCUCCUUGUGAUUGGAAUGCGUACAGAAGUACUAAGCCAAAUCCUCAAAUCUUGUAUGGAGCUUUAGUUAGCGGUCCUGAUGAAAAUGAUAACUACAAGGAUAUGAGAGAAGAGUAUAUUUACAAUGAAGUAACACUAGACUACAAUGCAGGUUUUCAAUCGGCAGUUGCUGGACUGAAACAUUUAGAGUUAAUGGAAAAAAAUCGGCGAUUGAAAGCAGCCAAUCAAGCUGGUUGGGAUGCUGUUCAUGUGGUUACACGUACAUGACCAUUUUAUAAUAAUAAUAUAUAAGCAUAUUGAUAAUUAUAAAUUAUACUAAUAUUUCUUUUUUAAUUAUACACGAUAGUAAAGAACUGAUUUUUAACUUGAAUACGUAUAUGCGUUUUUGCAAAAUAACAAACAAGUCAUUACAUUUUAUCACACUUUGUUUCCAACUAUUAUUUUACAAAAAUCGAAUGUCAAUAAUCUAUUAAUUUAUCUAAGCUUGUAAGAGGGUACCAAUAUAUAUAUAUAUAUAUAUAUAUAUAUAUAUAUUGUUUUAUAAUUGAAUUGCAAUUACAAAUCCAUAUAUCAAAUAUAGAAGUUUUAAAUUCAUUUAAAAAAACUCUUUUGUACCUAAGUCGUUUAAGUUUUAAAGCCUUAAAUUAAAAAAUCAACUAAAUUAUC